GUAAUAUCUGGACAACUCCAUGUCUAAUUUUGGAAGUUUGUUCUUUGUUCGGAGUGCAGAGGAUAGUCGAAGACUGUAGCACUUAGAUUCCGAGCUUCGUACAGUGAGGAGAGAGACUGACGCAGACGCUGAAGCUUGCUCAGCAAAGUUCUAAUGGCUGUUCCGGUUGAAGAAGCCAUUGCUGCUUUAUCCACAUUUUCAUUGGAGGAUGAUCAGCCAGAGGUGCAAGGUCCAGGAGUUUGGAAGAUGUGGAAGAGUGAGGCGGAGCGUAAGAAUGAGAGACAGGUAAGAUGUGUGGUUGAAUGA